UCACAGCAGGGAUCGUUACGUAACGACGUCUGCUCCGCUCCAGAUGUGUCGGAUGCAGACGGAAAAAAAGAUGAAACAUGGUCGAAAACUGAUAAGUAGCCUAGCUGUAGCCUGGGGUGUUUUGCAACAGAAUCGGCGUAAUGAAUACACCCCUAGGCUACUACGCUACAGGGACAGAUUCAUUAUGCAGAAAUCGAUCCGCCAUUUCCUGGUUGCAAAAAGUCUGAUAGUUCGCUUCGCCUAAUUUCAGUUUGUGACAAAACAAGCAGUCAUUGGGUAGAGAAUCAGUGUACGAUCUAAACCGCUGUGAAAUGUAUAUUUCCAUAACAAAUAAUAUUGUAUAUUCAUCUGUUUGAAGCUGGCGUGUAAAACCGAACGUAAAAGACGCAAAAACGAAACUUCAGCACGGGAAGCAUAGAAGUAGCACACAUAGAACAGAAGUACCGCUUCUUAUCUUGCUUUCAAUGUGAAUGAAAUAUCUAUAACUCAUAUUUCUAUGGGAAUUUGUUCGGUUCUCCCCAAAAGUUACAUAUUGUAGCAAGGGCCAGGUCAGCAUCACCAGCCAGAGGGCGCUCAGAUUCAGAUGAUUUUAUUUUGGAGAGGAAGUUAAAUAGUAGGUGGUUUGAGAGGAAUCGGAGAAACAGAAGCCGUUUAUAUUCGCAAUGGAAACACAUGAUGUUGUUUGAUUCACUUGCAUUUGACUUGGCUACUUUAAAUCGCGGUCGUAUAAGCGAGCUGCUGAAAGCGAUGGUUAAAGCGAUGGUUAAAGUUUUUAGACCGAUCGAAUCAAAGUCAAGACAAAAAGACGAUCGUUGAAGAGGAUUAAAAGCGCCCGGAAACCUUUAUUUAUCUCUUCUUUGAUCAGAUUCUGCUCACUUAAUUCAUUAUUGGUGACCAGUUCCCUGGUGUUUUGUUGUUGCAGUUGAGAGGUAGCACAUCGGAGGAAGAUGUAAAACCACAGCCAUGUGGUUUAUUUUCUUUCCAUUCUCUUCAGGUUCCCGUGUGAGGUCAUAAAGAUGGGACGCGGCGGUGUGGGAAGCAAAGCUGGCGCUGGUGGCUGACAGGCCCCUCCAGUGGCCAAUCAGGAUGCAUGUCUCCUCGAUGGGUGUCAGCAAGCUCUGCUUCCUGUUCUCCCUGGCUCUCUGUGCCCUGUUGCUCCUCAUCCCCACCCUCCAGCCCUCACAGCAUCAGGGGGACCUGCCCCAGCCCCGGGCCCACAACAAGCCUGCCCGGCACCCUGGACAUCUGGUGGUUCCUCUCCAGGCAGAUAUGGGGAAAGUGACAGUGGGGCGUAAUGGGAUUGAUGGUGACUCUAUGGGGCGGAGCACACCAAGAGAGACCAAGAGGACUGUGGAUGGGGACUGGGUGUAUACAGCUCGUCGAGCUGACACCCAGGGCACUGGGAAGCAUACAGACUCUCAGACAGGGUCAGAGGGGGACUUCCUCCACAGAGCUGGGGGUGUGACGGGGGCUGGAGGGUCUCGGCCCAGGAACCCUCUGGAGCUGAAAGACAUUUUUAUAGCGGUGAAGACCACCAGGAAGUACCACAAGUCCAGAUUGGAUCUGCUGUUCCAGACCUGGGUGUCCAAAGCCAAAGAACAGACCUUUAUAUUCACAGAUGGGGAGGAUCAGGAGCUGAGGAGGAGAGCAGGGGCUAACGUCAUCAACACCAACUGUUCAGCAGCACACACGCGGCAGGCCCUGUGCUGUAAGAUGUCUGUGGAAUACGACAAGUUCAUCGAGUCACAGAGGAAGUGGUUCUGCCAUAUGGAUGAUGAUAACUAUGUGAUUGUACCCAGUCUGCUGAAGCUGCUGUCCUCCUACCACCACACGCAGGAUGUUUACCUGGGCCGGCCCAGCCUCGACCACCCCAUAGAGGCCGCAGAGAGGGUCAAGAGUGACGGAUCUGUGUCAGUGAAGUUCUGGUUUGCUACAGGAGGAGCAGGGUUCUGUAUCAGUCGUGGUCUGGCCCUCAAGAUGAGUCCAUGGGCUAGUCUGGGCAACUUCAUCAGCACGGCGGAGAAGAUCCGUCUCCCUGACGACUGCACCAUGGGUUACAUCAUCGAGGCGCUGCUGGAGGUGACACUGACACACACACACCUCUUCCACUCCCACCUGGAGAACCUGCAGAGGCUUCCCACAGACACCGUGCUGGAGCAGGUCACUUUGAGCUACGGGGGUUUUGAGAACAGGAAGAAUGUGAUCAGCAUUGGAGGAGCCUUCUCUCUGGUGGAGGACCCCUCACGAUUUAAGACUGUCCACUGCCUCCUCUACCCAGAGACUGGCUGGUGUCCUAGUAAGGGUCACCAUUGAUGGCCAGUAUAGCAUAUCUACAAUACUUCCUACCUGCCUGGUUGACUGGUGUCCCUGUGUAUGCUAGCUAUAUCAUUGCCAUGGCAAAAUAAUGACAAGGCCAAACAGGUUCACUGGCACCCAGGCUAACCCUACAGAACCACUACACUCAGAUCAAAUGGCUAGACGUCUGUGGGUCUUUGAGCGGACAUGAGGCGAGACAAGAUUAGGUAACUGGAGCGAGGAUCACUUUGGUCAUGGUGGGAUGAUGAAGAAACACCCACUACUCUUUCUUAUCACUACUGCACCCUCCACUCAACGCAGGAAGUUGCUGCUGUUGGCUGUUGCCGUAGCGAUGUUUCACCACUCAUUGCUUUUGUUGUAGCUUUGAAUCCCAAACAUACUAUUGUGGUCCAGAGAUGUCUUUGAAGAAGUAUUAAUGUAUUUAAAUGACUGUUGAAAAGGUACCUUAAGAUGCUGAACAUGGUGAAAUGUAAAUGUAUUUGCUUUUAGGUCCCAAAAAUGUACUGGACUGGUGUUUUAUUAUGAGGGCUCAUGACCAGAAAUCAUCAGAGGUGAAUUUCUGAUAUCAGUGUUACAUUAAGUAAUGCCUGAGAGCCGUUUGUGACUGUUUAACGGAGUCAAGAACGUAGCGUAAGCUCACUCCACAGCUUGCUUGAAAUGAUCAUUUUGUAUAGGUCAAACGUGUGUUUGCGAGCACAGGAUCACUAGUCCCCUGGUAUGGGGACAGUGGAGGAAGCCAUAGUGUUAGCAGCAUACUGACAUCAGUUUCACUUUACAGACAACCCUUGUUGUGCCCCUCAUGUCCUGAAGUUCAUUUCUUACCAGAAGAGGUUUCAAACUGGUGUCUGUACAUGUGUGUGUGCAACCUAACUACUCAGUCAGAAUGAUUUCAACAUCUUAUAGCCAAAGAUGAUGCCAGUGCCUUAUGUUUCAGUCAACUAGACUUUGGAAAUGCACAUGACAAAUGUUUUAAAGGAAUGAAACUGUGAUAGUACUGUAUGAAUAAAAAUGUGUGCACCACACACACACACAGCCUUGCAGUAACCAAAACAGACUCUGAUCAUGAGCACACUAUCUUAAAGAUCAUUCAUUAGAUAUUUGUUGUUGCCUCUAAGUGUUUCCCACAAUGCAUGUUACAAGUUAUUUCUCUGUCAAAAAGACACGUUUUGCACUCAUCUCAAUUCCUGUGUAUAAUAUUUCUGUGUAUUAAAAGUUACGGUAGUGUUGUAAUGUGUGAGCUUGAGCUGGAAGUACAUGUCUUUUCCUGAUGGCUCACGCUCUCCCUUUUUGCACAAAAACACUAGAAUCCAAAACCAGAAUCUCUUUCCCCGCUGCAGGUCAGUGUCAGAGAGGGAGAUAAGAGUCUGACUCCAGUCAGGAUGGGAUUUUUCCUCUUCUUCUGUCCUCCUUUUUACCGUUGAUGUAUUGUUUUGUGUUGAAUAAAGCAUGUUUUGCAGC